AUGUCGCUUGAUGAGAAUGCACGGAAGCGCAAAGAAAGGCUAGCUCAGCUACAAGCUACGAAACGCAAACAUAGCGCAUUAGAAGAUACAGAGGCCGCUGCAGCAGUGAUUGCAGAAGGCCCAGACGAGGCCGAUGACGAUGAGCCUGCGCUGAAGCUCAAAGUAGCGCGCAACUAUGAUAUGGAGACAAAGCUCCCCAAGCUUGGCUUUCUCAAUGCAGGGGAAAUGACUGGUGCUGCAGACACGGUCGAGAAUCGCAGUAAAGCACUCAUCGCUGAAGCAGAGGCAGCUCAGGAAGAUGGUGAGGAGGAUGCGCCGCUUGAUUUGGAACAGCUGCAACCAAAGAAGCCAGACUGGGAUUUGAAGCGUGACCUCGAAGCGCGGAUGGAGCCUUUGCGGAAGAAAGAGCAGCAGGUGAUUGAUGGGCUCGUCAGAGAACGGAUCAGAGCAGCGAAAGCAGGCGGCACAAAGCAGAUUGAUGGGAGUGCUAUGUUGCGCCAGUCCAACAGGCUUGAAGCUCAGGCCCACGAGGUAUGA